CAAACAGAAAAUAAAGGGGGAAGAAAGGAAAAUUCUGAUCCCAUUUCCCCCUAUUUUUUCUCCUUCCUCAAAAAUAUUCACAAUUUUAGAGUAAUAAUAAUUCCUUUCUAAUUCUUUAUAGAUUUGACGUAACAAUGGGCGAAGGAACCUCAUCUUCUUCAAAGAAAUCCAGGAAACCUGACUAUUCAAGGUUUACUCAGCAAGAGCUUCCUGCUUGCAAGCCAAUUUUAACUCCACAAUGGGUUGUCACAGCAUUUAUCUUCCUUGGCAUCGUCUUCAUUCCUAUAGGACUUGCCUCAUUGUCUGCAUCAGAAAAAGUGGUGGAAAUUGUAGACCGUUAUGAUGAGGAUUGCAUCCCUACAAAUUAUUCAAAACCGGCACUUGCAUAUCAUGAUAGGGUUACACAUAUCCAAAAUGAUAAGUCAAACAAGACUUGCAUCAGAAACUUGAUAGUUCCUAAGAAAAUGAAGCAUCCUAUCUAUGUUUAUUACCAGCUUGAUAACUUUUAUCAGAAUCAUCGCCGUUAUGUAAAAAGCAGAAAUGACGAGCAGUUGCGCGACCCAAAUUACAAGGAUGAUUUGAAAAAGACUUGUGCUCCUGAAGACAUGAAUGGAAAUGAGCCUGUGAUCCCGUGUGGACUUAUUGCUUGGAGUUUGUUCAAUGAUACAUAUGGUUUUUCAAUUAAGGGCAUACCUUUACCAAUCAAUAGGAAGAACAUUUCAUGGCCAAGUGAUAGAAAACACAAAUUUGGGUCAAAUGUUUACCCUAAGAAUUUCCAGAAUGGAGCUUUAAUUGGGGGUGGAAAACUUAAUGAGAGCAUACCUUUGAGUGAGCAAGAGGAUCUUCAAAUUUGGAUGCGAACUGCAGCAUUGCCGUUAUUCAGGAAGUUAUACGGGAAGGUGGAGUAUGAUCUUGAAGCUAAUGAGAAGAUUACUGUAGUAAUACAAAACCAUUAUAACACAUAUACUUUUGGGGGUAAAAAGUCGCUGGUUCUUUCAACCACAACAUGGAUUGGUGGAAGGAAUAAUUUCCUAGGCAUUGCAUAUCUGGCCGUUGGUGGAAUUUGCUUAUUCGUGGCAAUAACUUUCAUACUUAUGUAUGUCAUUAAACCAAGGCCUUUCGGUGAUCCAGCCUAUCUAUCAUGGAACUUGAAUCCUACAGGGAACUGAGGUGCCUACAUAUUUAUUCCAUCCGUCAUGCUCUUCUCUCUAAAUUUUCCCUGCUGAAGAGUUUUAGCCGGUUUAGUUGUUAACAUAAACUAUUUCUGUGAUAUAUUGGAUACUUUGAAGUUCUGUUACCAGCGACAGCAUUUUGUGAUUCAGGCAUUCGAGUUGUAUUAAUGCCAUUUCACAAAACCUAUCCUGUUAAUCAUCAAAACCUGCUUUGCAGAUUCAUUCUUUGAUUAUUUAUUGUGGUUUCUAGACCACUGAAUGGUACCUUAUAAGCUGAAAUGUAGUAUAUACUUGUGUUUUGCUGUUUU